UGUCGCCGCCGCCUCCGUCUCCGUGCGCACUGGCCUAGCCGCAGCGAUGAAUGAUUUUGGAAUCAAGAACAUGGAUCAGGUGGCACCUGUGUCUAGCAGUUACAGAGGGAUCCUAAAGCGCCAGCCAGCCUUCGACACAUUUGAUGGGUCCCUGUUUUCGGUUUUCCCCUCGCUGAAGGAAGAGCAAACACUCCAAGAGGUGCCAACAGGCUUGGAUUCCAUUUCUCAUGAGUCCUCCAACUGUGAACUGCCUCUGUUAACACCAUGCAGCAAGGCUGUGAUGAGUCAGGCCUUAAAAGCUACCUUCAGCGGCUUCCAGAAGGAGCAGCGCCGCCUCGGCAUCCCAAAGAAUCCCUGGCUAUGGACUGAGCAGCAAGUGUGCCAGUGGCUUCUCUGGGCUACCAAUGAGUUCAGCCUGGUGAACGUGAACCUCCAGAGGUUUGGCAUGACUGGCCACAUCUUGUGCAACCUUGGCAAGGAGCGCUUUCUGGAGCUGGCACCUGACUUUGUGGGCGACAUUCUUUGGGAACAUCUGGAGCAGAUGAUUAAAGAAAACCAGGAAAAGACAGAAGAUCAAUACGAAGAAAAUUCACACCUCAACUCGGUUCCUCAUUGGAUUAAUAGCAAUUCAAUAGGUUUGAGCGUGGAGCAGGCCCCCUACGGGAUGCAGACACAGAACUACCCCAAAGGCAGCCUCCUGGACAGCUUGUGUCAGCCCUCGCCUGUGCCCAGUGCCCUCAGUUCAGAGCAGGAGUUCCAGCUGUACCCCAAGUCACGCCUCAGCACCAUCAGCGUCAACUACUGCCCCGUCAGCCAGGACUUCCCAGCAAGCAACCUGAAUUUGCUCCCCAACAAUUCCGGUAAGCCCCGAGAGCACGACUUGGCCGAGAGCGGCGCAGACAGCUUCGAGAGCUCAGACUCGCUGCUACAGUCCUGGAGCAGCCAGUCUUCCCUGCUCGACGUGCAGCGGGUGCCUUCCUUCGAGAGCUUCGAGGAUGACUGCAGCCAGCCCCUCGGCCUCAGCAAGCCAACCAUGUCCUUCAAGGAUUACAUCCAGGAGAGGAGUGAUCCGGUGGAGCAGGGCAAACCAGUUAUCCCUGCAGCCGUGCUGGCGGGCUUCACAGGAAGUGGACCUAUUCAGCUGUGGCAGUUUCUCCUGGAAUUACUCUCGGACAAGUCUUGCCAGCCAUUCAUCAGCUGGACAGGGGACGGAUGGGAGUUCAAGCUUGCUGACCCCGACGAGGUGGCCCGCCGUUGGGGGAAGAGGAAAAACAAGCCCAAGAUGAACUACGAGAAGCUGAGCCGCGGCCUGCGCUACUACUACGACAAGAACAUCAUCCACAAGACGUCGGGCAAGCGCUACGUGUACCGCUUUGUGUGCGACCUCCAGAACUUGCUGGGCUUCACGCCGGAGGAGCUCCACGCCAUCCUGGGCGUCCAGCCCGACACAGAGGACUGAGACUGGCCAGACUGCCUGAGCGGGCCCAGCCCCGUGUGACUGCGAUGGGAAGCCCGUCCCGACCGCCGCUCCAGGGACCUUGAACCGAAGGGAUUUCAUAUGUCCAGGACCAUCGCUGAGACGCAGCAGUCUUCUGCCUCCGAAGCCGUGGCCCUCCGGUCAGGCCGUCCGGCUCGCAUGCGGGAAGGCAGGCAGCAGGGUAGCUCGCUUCACGGGUCUGCCGACAGCAUAACACAAUUGACGCAGCCAGCUCCUUCAAGGCGGUUAUGAAAGACCCACCGGGAAGCCGUGCAAGCUCAAGGCCGCCCCGUGUGCGCCCGAUUGUGCAGCUACGCUCUGUUUUGCGAGGAGAGCACCUGGUGCGCGUGCUGCAUGCGCACGCACGGACCCGUGUGGGUUCGUGUGGGUUCUCUUUUGCCUCUGGCGACAGGGAAUAGCAGAAUGCAAACGCGUUCUCUUCGCUUAGGGAGGGGUGGGAAGAAAGGAUUCACGCCAUUUCAGAAGUCAGUUCUGUAUAUAUUAUUGUUAUCUUGUCAUUGUGAUCAAAAGCCUCUACCAGUCCUAUUUAACAGAAAUUGUAUAUUGUAAUUUAAAAUAAUAUAACUGUAUUUCCAAGAAUGCAAGACAUCCGGUGUUUAUUCCUUUUUUUUUUUUUUUUCUAGUAGAACACACAAGGUUGCAUCUGCCUAGGAUUGAUUAAGAGAAAUUGUAAAAUGUUUGUUUACACUUAAUCUACCUACAGGAGUGAGAUAGAAGGGUUAAUCCCUUCAGUUUUUCUUUAUUUUUUUUAAUGCCAUGGGUUAUGUGGCAAGGACUUUGUACAUUUGGGACUUUUUACCAGAAACUAAUGGCAUAUUCUCUGAGGGGGCCCACCUGCCUCCAUGUGGUUUCUUUAAUUGUAAUGUAAAAGUAAAUAGUUACAAAGCAGUAUUUUUCUUGACAAAUGGCAUAUGUUUUCCACGUCCAUGCAUGCCUUUAAGUCAGUUUAUACACAAAGCUUAUUUUAUUUUUCAGUUUUGACUGUGUUCUUCCAGUGCACCUACCCCUUGACCUGCCGUCUCCUCCCCCUGCCCUUGAUUAUUCUGUAUGGUUAAAAUAAGAAAACUAUUUUUGGAAACAUGCAACUCCUUUUCAGCGAUCAGGAGGGAUUUAUGUAGCAGCUAUUUUUACUGCAAAAGUAAUUCACUGGAAAAAAAAAUGUAAUUUGUAAGAAAGCUUUAUUUUUAUCUCAGCUCCUUGUAAAGUUAAAUAUUAUAACAGAGCUGAAGGUUCCGGGGUGGGGGCGGGGGAACCUUUAUUAAACCUCUUGAACAUAAAUGAAGCAGGGCUCAUCCGGUCAUUCAUCAGUCGUGUUUUAGGUAACAUACCCCACCCCUAGGGUGUCAGAACUAUGUUUUAGAGGAUUUUUCAAUGACUGGAGUUUUUGUUUGUGUUUUGUUUUUUUUUUCAGAAUUCGGUUGCCAGGACUUUUUUUCUUAGACUGCUAACCUUUCGGUUAGCAGCUGCAGCUGUUUCAGCAGGACCCAGGGAUUCAGGAUCACAUACCAAGGAGCUUGUAGAAGUUCAGGGGAGAAUUCCAUAGCUUCUAACUCCAUUAUUUCCUGAGCAAUUUUUAGAAGUCCCCUUGUUACUGUUGCUGCUUUUCUGCCUGUACACGGGGAGAUCUUUUUUGUUAUUCCCCCGGACACUGCUGCACUACGAGGGGGAAGAGAGAGUAAACAAACAGGAAGGAGAGUGCACAGCAAUAGUUCAUUUAAAGAAAAUAUUUUGUUUGUGGUGGAAACAUCAUUACUUGCUUUAGAGGCACUCCUGGCCAGCCGUGUGUUCCUGACCUUUAAUAAACUAUCGGCUCUGGUUGGCUUCGGAGUUGAACUGGGUUUUGCCAGCUGCCACAGACAGAAAGCUUAAAUCUGCUGGGGUGAUGAUACGAUACUUGGGGUGGUAGGGCAAGCUGGGAAAAGCCAAGCGAAUACCGGGGAGACUCCUGAUGGGCCCACACCAGACGACCUGUGGUGUGUGUAAGCAUAGGGUGUGUUUUCAAAAGCAGGAUGUAUUUAUCACUCACACAUCUGUUGAUCACAUAAACAGACACAGGACUCGGAACAUUUUUCUGCCAAAAGAAAUCUUAGCCAUCAAUUCAUUAUGUAUUGGACGGAGCCAUGUGAAAUUGCUAUUCGUCAACCUUUUUUUUUUUCCUAAUGUUUUUCUCAUGAAUCUACAAAACCUGGCAGUUUUUUAUCAUUCAACCUAAUAGUUGUGGAAACUAAGGUGCAUUAUAAACUUUUGGCAUGGUAAUAAACAUCUUGUGUAUGAA